AUGGGUGACGAGAAGAAGAAGAAGACGUCCCUGGCCGCCGCAGUCUACGGCGGACCUGUGGACGGCAGCGACGGCCGCAGCUUGGAGAGCGUCACGCCGCUGAGCAUGGAGGCCGAGUGGGACCCGUACGUCCAGCGCAAGCAGCACGGCGUUGGGUUGCAACCCAUCGUGGGUGUCCUGCGGAACGACCGGACGCCGCUUAACACGCCGUACACGCCGCAACUCAUGAAGCUGCACCUGAAACGGCAUGAAGAGUACGACGAGCGGGACGAGUACGACGAGCGGCCUGGGAAGCAGCUCGUGAGCACGGUCAAGUCCAAGAUUGUUCUCGUGGUGCAGCCUGUGCACAAGAUUCGUGCCGCGGUGAACCAUGUUGUGUCGAUUGUGGUGCCAGGCUGCAUCCAAGGAACCACGCUGUUC